AUGUCUUUAGCGUUCCUGUCCAAAAAGAGUUGGCAUACAGCAAAUCUACGCAAUGUAGAAAAGGUCUGGAUCGCCGAACAAAAGCAUGCGGCCGAAGAGAAGAAAGUUGCAGAGCUGCGCAAGAACAUGGAAGAGGAGCGACAGCUGCAGGAAUUGAGACAACUACAAGCGGAUCAAGGCAAUAAAUCAGCAGCGGUAGAACGCGUCGAUUGGAUGUACGAAGGCCCGUCGGCUGCUCGGGAGAAGACGGCGGAGGAAUUUUUGCUGGGGAAAGAAUACAAGGGGGAAGAAGAGAAACCCGCUACAGAGGACGUGGACCUCAGUACGACGACCAAGUAUGGAUCAUUAGCACUGACUAAGAGUGUGUUGCCAGCUAACGACGCGUUCCAGCGGCUGAAUGAGGAUCCGAUGAUGCUCAUUCGUAAAAGACAGCAGGCUGCUCGUGAACAGGUACUGAAGAAUCCAGUCAAGAUGAAACAGAUUAAGGAUAAAGUGGACCGUUUGAAAGAGGAAAAGAAGACAUACAAAAAGGCCAAGAAGGCUGCGAAGAAAGAGAAAAAACAAGCGCGGCGAGAUGAAAAACGUCGACUCAAGAGAAAGAGAAAAUAUGGCCAUGACAGCGAUGUCAGCGAAAACGAUGAAAAGGAGACGGAGCACCGUCGCGAGGACUCUCACGACGAACAUCAUCGAGGAUAUGGUCGUGUUCGCGAAAGAGAGAGAUCACACACAAGGUCAAGGUCGAAGUCGCCAUUUUCUGCGCACCACGGUGGUAAUCGGCAGUGUGAUCGUCCGCAUCGUAGCGAAGGAAACCCAGAACGUCGCGGUCGGAGCCCUGCCCACCAUCCGUCCGAUCACUCGAAUCCAAGUCGAUAUGCCGACAAGCAUCGACGCGAAAGAAGCUCGUCUAGAGACCAACGUAAUUCAAAGCUGUCUUCAACACGGCAUUAUCGUAGUCUCUGCCGUAGUCCCAAGAAGGGCCGUGACGCCUUUGGUCGCGACAGACCUUCAUCACGACCACGGGACCGCUCAGUGGAUCGCCGCGGUAGAACGCUAUCCAGAAAAAGGGAUACAGACAGACGUAAUGAGGAUCAUCGCGAAAGGAGUCGAGAUCGUAGCUCAGCGGGUUAUAAGGAAAGGCGUCGUUCUCGUAGUCCUGUUGAUCGCCAAGAUGAUCGUCGCUCUCUUAGCCCAAGUGAUCGCAAAGACAGAUAUCGCUUUCGUAGCCCAGGUGGACGAUACGAAAAGAAGCGUAUAUCUACUAAACGUCAGAGUACACCUCGAGCGCGAAGCAUCCGACAGAGCAGUGGGUCGAGUGAACAAGAAAGAGAUUUCAUGAAGGUGCAAGGGCGUGAGCAACCUCGCAAGGAGCGGCGUAAACCGCUGAAUAUUGAGGGAAAGUAUGGCCUUAUCAGCAAAACAGGUGCAAUGGAAUCUAAAGAUGUCGAUAAGACAUCAUUGGGACCCAAUGCUAAGUACUUAGCAAAGGCUCGUGAGGCGAAACGACUUGAAGAAGAAGAACGUCAGCGCAAGCUUGGCAAGUCGUCGCAAAAGGAAUCUCGUGUGCUGACAGAUGAGGAGAAGAGGCAAAUGGCUCAACAGAUGGUGGAAGAUGCCAAGCAGCAUGACGAAUACAUUGUGAAGCGUGCGGCCCUGAAGAAAGGAGAGCUGGACAAACGCGAGCAAGACGUUACGAGCAGCAACCCAGACUUUCUCAGAAAACUGCAUUCGGAAGCAUAUUUGAAUGACGAAAGUAACAUGAGCGAUCGGCUUCGCAGAAACGCUCACUACAUUCAGAGGAAUGCUGACGCCUCCAAUUUCCUCUCGAUGUAA